UAUGUAAGUAAAUUACGAAGCAAUCAUUGAUGGUAUUUCAUAUAUUUUGAUUGAAUAGAGGCCAAAAACAAAAUGAUGAAAUGGCAAGAAAUAAAUGAAUAAAAUAUGUGGGAAUUAUUUUAAAAUAAAGAAGGAUAUAUAGUAUAUACAAAGAGGAAUCCAGAAAAUGGUAUUAAUAUGAAUAGAUCUCAAACUGAAAUUGCUAGAACACCUGAAUAGAUUUUAGAUUUAGUUGCUGAUGUCAAUAAAAGACCAUUAUAUGAUGAAAAAGUGGAAACUGUAUAUUUUCCACAUAAUAUUAAUAGGCUCAUGUAAUUGAAUAAAUAGAUGCCAAUACAAGAAUUAUUUAUGUACGAAUUAAACCACCUAUCCCAUUUAUGAGUAGCAGAGAUUUAGUUAUGGUUCAAAAGGUUUAUGAAUAGAAUGAUGGAAUUUAUAUUGUCUGCUGUAUUAAAUAUUUUAAUAUUUAGCUAAAUCAAUUAUUCAUUAAAAAACACCUCCUAUUAAUAAAAUAGAAAGAGCAGAAAUGCAUCUAAGUGGUUGGAUUAUUAUGCCAUAACCAAAUCAAAUGACUAAGAUAGUAACUAUCUAAUGUUUUGAUCCAAAAGGAGAUAUACCAACUUCAAUCACUAAUCAGUAUGCCAAACUCUAAACUGAUAUGAUGAAGGCUGCAAUAAAAUACAUUGCACUUAAUUAUAAAUGA